UCGAGCAGCAAGUGGACUCUCCACUCUUGUUCUGCGGUCGGAUCCCCCGGGCUCCGGCGAGCCGCUGACGAGGGUUUGUGCAGCGAGCGAGCUCGUGGCGGGAGGAGAUGGACGAAGCCAGCACCUCCGCGUCCGGCGCCGCGACGAGGCGCGCCUUCCCGCCGGCAAGAUCGGGAGUUUUCUAUAGGUUCACCCAGCAGAAUCUCCCAGCUUGGAAGCCAGCAAUGACACCUGGAUGUUUAAUAGCCAUGUUCUUGAUUAUUGGAAUCAUUUUCGUACCUUUUGGGCUUCUUUGUCUCCAAAGUUCAAAUCAUGUUGCAGAAAUCAUUCACCGCUAUGAUGUUGACUGUGUACCUAAUGCUUACAGAGGAAAUAGGCAAGCUUAUAUUAAGGACAGCUCGAUUUUAAAGAACUGUACUCUGCAAGCGAAGGUUCUGGAACACAUGAGAGCACCAAUUUAUGUUUAUUAUGAACUCGAGAAUUUCUAUCAGAAUCAUCGCAGGUAUAUCAAAAGUAGAAGUGAUAAACAGCUGCGGUUUGGGGCGAAAUACACGGCUGAGUCGUGCAGUCCUGUUCAGUGGGAUAAUAAUGGUUCCCCAAUUGUCCCCUGCGGCUUGAUUGCCUGGAGCUUAUUCAAUGAUACCUAUGAUUUUACUCGUGGGUCCAAGGAAAUAAAGGUCAACAGAAAAAACAUUUCAUGGAAGAGUGAUCGGGAGCAUAAGUUUGGCAGAGAUGUGUUUCCUUCCAACUUUCAGAAUGGAACCUUGAUUGGAGGGGGAAAACUCGACCCUACUGUCCCACUGAGUGAGCAGGAAGAUCUUAUUGUGUGGAUGCGGACUUCUGCUCUUCCCAAGUUUCGAAAGCUGUAUGGUGUAAUUGAAGACGAUCUACAUGCCGAUGAGACCAUAACCAUUCUCAUAGGAAAUAAUUACAACACCUACACUUUUGGUGGAAAGAAAAGCAUAGUUCUUUCGACUGCAUCCUGGCUAGGUGGCAAGAAUAACUUCCUUGGACAUGCUUAUAUUGUCACUGGUUCAUUGAGCAUCUUCAUAUCAAUCCUCUUUGCUCUGAUUCAUGUGAAGUACCCAAGGCCCCAAGGUGACCCUAAUUGCCUAUCCUGGAACAGGAAAAACAGCAAUAGCUAAGGAGCCUGUAUCUGUUAUUACCAGCCCAGCUAACAUGCAUUAGAUCCCUUGUAAGACAUCUCUAUCUGAAACAAGUCAGACGCCAUGCCGCCGGGUUAAUCCCAGAUGAAAAGAAAACUGUGUACUACAUCAUGCCCUUGAGAAAUAGUUUGAAUUCCGACACAUCUGCUGUGCAUCAAGGUUAACACCUGGAGGUUUUUACCAUGCUUCGUUUAUAAGAGUGAGCACAGUAAUUUGAAAAUGAAAUUCUGGUGGGUACCCGGUGCGGAUCUGUACGGUGAAAUUCUGGUGGCCGCCGAGGACCAUGCCCCUCCCAAGGCGAAAGCAAAGUUGUAAAAAAGCUUCAGCUGUGAAAAAUGAGAAGUGGUUAUUCUGGCUUGGCUGCUGCUUUUGUGACUUGUGAGAGAUGCAAUGCUUGUCAGCCCUGAACUCAAAAGUUCGUUUUCUCUUGCCGAGACAACAUUUAUUUGUGUUAUUGGAGUUCUCUCCAUCACCGAAUAUAUGUCGGCGUGAUUGCUAUC